GACUCGAAGAUCCUUAGGCCCAAUAUCUAAAAACCAAAAAUUUGUUGUUCAAAAUUCCCGGGACCGAGAGGGAGAGACAGAUCGGCACGGCUCGGCUCCAGGAGGUUUACUCGGCGGCUUCGCUCCAGGAGGUGUACUCGGCUCCGGCCAAUACACCUUUGGGGUUAAAAGCUUAUGGGAUACUUAAUUGCUUAGAGGAAUAAGCUGGAGUGCGCUAUACAGCCCAGCCCAAAGGUUAAAGAAUAAAAAAAAAGAACAAGCACUAGCGUGAAAAAGGAACCAGAGUUUCUUAAACUUAAAAGAAGAGGAUUAGGGAGGCAGAUAAGGAGGGAGCUAGAGAAGGAAGGAAGUAACAAUUGGAGUUGGAGCAAAGAUUUGACGUAAGAAGACAUUGGUGGAAUCGCAAAGAGAUAGUGUAUUAUUUUUGGGAUGUUUGGAAAAUUCAUUUCAUUAUGUUUUGGGAGCCCUCUGUUUAUGGAUUUCAAUUACAUUGUUAAUUUGGUUGAGACUUAAAGAUACUUUUUACUUGUGUGAGGGAGACAAUUUUUAUGGAGGUGCCUUUUUUGGGAGUUGCUCUGUUAUGGGUGAGUUUUCAAUUCAGAUUAGCAGCGACCUUCUUAAUCGGCUUUCUGAUGACACCAAAAAGUUGAAGAAAACUAAAAAAUCUAAAGCCAAGGUACCACGAGAGCCUAGACAGCCCUCAGCUAAGGUAAAUCAGAAGCAGAUUUCUGAUGAAUCUGAAACAUUUAUGGGGGCUGCUACUAUAGGAUGGCCACUGCAGCCUCCUUUAUUUGUACCUGUAAAUACCCCUGCACAAUCUGCCCACACAGAGUUGGAUGCUAUUCGAUCUGUCCUUCAAGAUGGUGAGAGGGUUCUGGACAGGUUACAGAAGGAGGAGGAAAAUAUGGCACAGGAAGUAACACAAAGAGCAAAGGAUCUCCGAGAUAAGGAGUUCAAGCUUCCAUACCAGAAGCCUAUGCCUUGCUUGGCUGAGAAUAAUGCUUGGUUGGAAUGCUACAAUAAACAUGCAAAAGACAUCCUGAAAUGUUCUCCUCUAGUUAAAAGCUUCGAAGAUUGUAUUCGCCAAGCUAGGUAGAAUGUGAGUUCAGCAGAGAAGUAGACAUUCCUAGAAGAAAUUUUUCUGGUCACAUACAUGAGUGCAAGCUAAUGUCCGGUUUAAGUGACCUAGAUUUUUGUGUUACAAAUAAUUACACACUCAUUGAUAUCUCCAUUAAUGGAUUGCAUGGUUUUUCUUUAUUAAAGAGUCAUUAACAAUUUUGUUAAA